CAAACUUUCUUCAUAUCUUAUCUUUCGAGCGUUUGUUUGCAUAGUUGUUCGAUAUGUAUGAGUUCUUGGAUCAGUUGUGAUGGAUACUGCAAGGAGAAGGACACCGCAAGCAUGGUCUCGCGAAAGGGUACUUUUCACUGCUUUGGCUGCUCGUUUCACUUUGGUCUUCUAUUCCAACAUCCACGACUACAUAUUUGAUGUGAAUUUUACUGAUAUCGACUAUACCGUCUAUAGCGAUGCAGCUCGUCACGUUGCUGAGGGUAGAAGUCCAUUUGCUAGGGAAACUUACAGGUAUACACCAGCACUGGCAUGGAUUCUCCAACCCGUUGUAAGCUACAAGGACUUUGGCAAGUUCCUUUUCUGCAUUUUUGAUAUACUUGUCGGGUGGAUGUACUUUGAGAUGAUACCACCAAAACGGAGUAAGACUGCAUCUGAAAGCGCAGGGACGUCAUCAGGUAAUAGCGAGAGUAGUGAAGAAGUCGUGGAGUCCAGUGAUCCUGCUUUGCUUCAUGUUGUCAUCUUUUGGCUAGCAAAUCCCCUAACUGCGAUAAUAUCUGCUAGAGGAAAUGCUGAUGUGUUAGUGUGUGCUGCAGUGCUGUUUACCUUAUAUCUGCUGAGAAAAGGCCAGUGGAUCGCUGCCGCCUUUGCGCAUGGUGCACUGGCUGUGCACCUGAAAAUUUAUCCUUUGAUCUACUUACCAUCCAUAUUCCUGUAUUUGUGUCAGUUCUCUUUCGCUGAUGGACUUGUUGCCAGUGUGAAACAACUAUUUUCCAAUUGGAAAGGCUUUACUUUUGCUGCGAUAAGUUUGGGUAGCUUUGGAGUAAUUGUUGCAUUUUUCUAUUACAUCUACGGUGAUCUCUUCUUGGAAGAAUUCCUUCUUUAUCACAUCAAGAGGAGGGAUAUCAAACACAAUUUCUCGCCAUAUUUUUAUCCUCUGGCUUUGGUGGACAAAAAUGUGACUCUUUCAAAAAUUAUUGGUUUCUUGGCAUUUUUGCCCCAGGCUUAUCUUGUAGUCUACUUUGCAUUCAAGUACUAUCGCGACCUCCCAUUUUGCUGGUUUGUUAGCACCUUUGCUUUUGUUACCUUCAAUAAAGUGUGCACAAGUCAGUAUUUUGUUUGGUACAUCGUAUUCUUGCCCCUCAUUGUGGAUAGAAUAAAGAUGACAACCAACGAAGUACUACGCCUCAUCACGAUGUGGUUUGCAAGCCAAGCAGUAUGGCUCUUCUUUGCCUACCUCUACGAGUUUCGAGGCUGGCACACUUUGGAGCUGGUGUUUGUGGCUUCAGUAGGAUUCCUUUUGACCAACAUUUAUGUACUAGUCAACGUUCUCAAUGCUUACACGGGGUUAGCCGAUUCUGGCAAGGCUAAGAAAGCUUGAGAACUAACAUAAGAUCCGCACGGUUGUUGAAUUGCGAUCUCGAUCAUGGUUGUGACUUUUAAUAGUGCAGUGCUUUGCAGAUAAUGAUGCAUGUGUGAUUAGGCCUAGAAAUUUCUUUAGCCACCCUGUCUAAUGUAUGGCAUUUCAUUUACUUGCUGAUUUUUCCUUGAA